GAGAAUAAUAUUAUUGUCAAUACUUCUGUCGUUGUCUUUAUUCCGGAGUUGUCCUGCCAUUACACACUUAGAUUCAGAUGUUCCAGCUCAGUAAUUUUUUCACUGAGUUCAAUAUUUUUCCUAUCUUUUUACUGAGUUUUCAACAGCAGAUUUAUCUCGGUACACUCGGUAAUCGUAUUUACCGUUUACCAGUAACGAUAUUUACAGUGCAUCAGUAACUUUUGACAGUUUAUUAGCUGAGCUCGGUAACUCAUUUACAGAAUAUCCGAAAAAAAUAACCGAGCGUACCGAGUUAAAUCUGCUGUUGAGAACUCAGUAAAAAGAUUGGCAAAAUACCGAGCUGAUCUUAGUGUGUAGACCCUCACGGAUCACUUUUAAGGCAUCGUACACAAAUUACGUAACGCUAUAGGGAGAGGGGGGGAGUCCAGCUUAGCGUUACGAUCCAUACAAAAUAUUUUUAGUUUUCAUACAAAAAGCGUUACAAGGGGGAGGGGGGAAUGUGAAAUUGCCGGUUUUAGCGUUACGUAAUCCGUAAUCCGGAAUAAAGAAUUGCUUCUCUUUCAAAAUAAUUUAAAAAUAUCAUUAUUUUAAAACAAGAUAUCUCAAAAACACCAAAUUAUUCCUCCAGCAAACUUUCAGAUUUAAUAGAUCUUGAGAGGUAUAUUCUGAAGCAAGCAUCAAAUUAAGCCGAAAUUUGCAGCUUUUUGAAAAAAAACUGCUAGUAAAAAUCAUAGUAAUUUUUACUAUUAUGUCCAAAAAACAAUUUUAAAGGUCCCAAAAAAUUGUAAAGUUGGUAUCAUCAGACACAGGCUACUUUGAUUAACCCUUAUGUGGCCGGCAGGGUACCCGGGUACCCAGCACCCAUUUAAAAUACACUGUGAAGAAAAAAGCAAAAAGUUUGCUGGCCACAUAACGGUUAACACGUGUGAAGUGUUAAAAUUGAUAAAUUUGCGAUAAACAUUCAAAAUAGUCAUGAAAACGUGAUUUUCACGUAAAUUUUACUAUUUUUAAUAUAACUUUGUUAUUUGAAGUCACACAACUUUGGUGUCUUCGACAACUUUACUUAUUUUUGCACGCUCUACAACUUUGCAGAAGACGGGAAACCUCUAGGACGUAAGACAAAAAAGUUAGUAUCGCAGCGCCACCUAUGCGGCAAAAUUACCAACUAAUUUUCAUCACCACAUAAAAGUACAGGUCAAAUUAAUACAAGUCUCAGAAGAAUAGAGUUAAUAAACUAUAGAGGACGAAUGUCGCUGCUGUUCCCUUUGUUCUCGUUUGCAAACAUGUCGGGUACCUAUCUGUCAAACUGCAUACUUUUCCACUUUGACACUUAUAGCCCGGCCUAUCUCCGCCAGCAAGAGAUGUUUCGGCAGCGACGCCAGCGACAUUCUUCCUCUAUAGUUUAUUACACGGUUGUUUGAGAAAACCCAUCGAUGGGUAAAAAAAUACUCAUUUUUGAAAAGCAUGAAGAUCUGUCAAAACAUGGGUGAAAACACGAAAACAAAACGAGUAAAAAUAUACCCAUUUUAAGGAUGCGACCAUCUACCCAUUAAUGGGUGAAAAAGUAGUUAGGGAAAUUUGGAAAAUCGAGGGAUUCUUCAGAAUCUGUUGUUCGAAAGGGAAUGUUUUUUUUUCAAGAUUUUUUCUGCUCCCGCUUGCUGCAGAUUUCCUGUAUCACCGUCUAGAUUACAAGCGCUGUAUUCUACGCACAAGGUAAGUAACGCACAUUGUUUUUAUUACUGUCUAUCGUUGUCAAAGACGAGGUCAAAGAUUAAUGUUCACAUUCUUAACAAUUUUUAGGUUACGUUAUGGAGUACACAGCCAGCAUAGCUUUGAGAUAGCUUCAGCUUUCGGCAAGGCUUCCGGAUUCCAGCAAGAAUUAUAAAGUGAAUAUAAAUAACAAAUUAUAGUGGCUAAGAAGUGUACUAUUUUUUUAAUAAAGUGUAUUAGGAAUGACUAUUUUCUGUUUGUUUGAUUUGAAUGCAUUUAAAAUUUCCAGCUUACAAACACCAUUUCAAAAAUGGGUAUUUUUUCACCCAUUUUACGGCGCCGUCGCCUUUUCAAAAUGGGUAAAUAUUUACCCAUCAUUUGACGUAAACUGUGUCUACCCAUUAAUGGGUAAACAGUCUUUACCCAUUAAAUGGGGAGAGGCACUUCUAGCGAAAAUGGGUGUUUUUUCACCCAUUAAUGGGUUUUCACAAACGACCGUGUACCUCUAUUCUCAGAAGACACCAACUCAAAAAAAUGUACUCCCAAAACGCUAGAGGUUUUUACUUGCUAGAUCCCGCUCGUGGCCCAGUGUGCAGUGCUCGUAGUAAAAGUCAAAAUCUCACAGCAUGCAGAGGCUAAUACAAGCAUUUCAACUACUGACAUGCAACAUUUUUGCAAAGCCAAGCAUUUUUCAAAUUCCAAGCGGUGCUAAUCGUGGUGCUAAUGACUAAUUUUACCACCAUGCGAUUUGCCUGUGGCAUUAGCUCAUACUAGGUUUCAUGAAUGAAUCUAUUUUGAGAUAGUAAUGUUUGUCUAGUGCAAGUUUGUUGUUCGUAUGCGUUGGCACUUGUUUUGGUUAAGGACAUACUUGCUGCAGUCGCUGCAGUAUACACAAAUGGCAGCGAAUGAGCCAUUUUACGAGACGUUUCGGAUCAGCUGAUCGCUCAUUUCAUGAAUGAAAAUUUGACAGGAGGUUGCGCCCAAGCCCGUGAGUGUUAAUAUCAAUAUCAACACUGUUGUCGUUUCGUAAAAUAGACUAUAUGGUGACGGGCACGUAUAUGGCAUCCCUAUUCCCACCCAAUAGGAUUGUUUGCAGCCAACAUCAAUUGGGUUCCCCCAUUGACAAUGCAUUUGAGUUCCCUAAACAUUGCACAGUGGCGGGGCUCCAUACAAAUACCGGACAAAACCUAAAACUCUCUCCAAAUGCGCCGAAAUUCACAUGUCUAGAUAAUUUGGGUGUGCUGAAUCUAUUUCUGGCAUCAAAAUUUACAUAACUUGCAUUAGGCUGACACAAAUUUCGAUUUUCUCUAAUGUCACCGCCCCCUCGGAAAGUUUUGGUCGGAAUCCGACAUUUUGAGGGGGGACACAAAUAAAUUAUUCAAGAAAUUUAAACUUUUUAAAAUGAAAUUAGAGUCGUCGAGAAAAUUUCUUAACAAAUCCGAUGAGUUUGACGAUUUUGCCUAAUUGUUUGUUUGGGUAAUUUUGCAUCAAAUUCACUUAUUAUUUAUCAUCCUCCCCCUUAACGAGUCAACGAGUAAAGUGACAAAAGAAGAAAAUGAGAUUUGUUCCGGCCUUAUUUUUUGUAUAAAAGUAGGUUUAAAUUAUAAAAAUAACCUUAUUGUAAAAAUCUCAUAAUAAAUAAGUCGGCAUCAUGUUUAUUUGUUUUGGAAUAUAGUUUUAGCUGUGGUUUUAGUGCUCAAUGUUGCAAAAACAAAAUUGGAUAAUAUGUUAAUCUACAUAGUUUUUUUUUUUUAUGAAGAAAGUAGAAUUGUAUAAAAAUGCCAGUUAACAAGGCAAAAUUUCUAUACACUUUUUACCCUUCUUACACCCAUAAGAAGGGUAUAAAUACCGCUUGGAAAACCGACUUUCGAUCCGAGGCCCGCAAGGCCGAGUCACAUAUACCAAUCAACUCAGCUCGACGAAUUGAGCAAAUGUCUGUAUGUGCGUGUGUGUGUGUGUGUGUGUGUGUGUGUGUGUGUGUGUGUGUGUGUGUGUGUGUGUGUGUAUGUAUGUUACAAAAAAAUGUCACUCACGGUUCUCAGCCGUCUGUUGACCGAUUUGAGUUCUCUUGGAAGCAAAUGAAAGCUACUACAUCCUAGUAGAACGCUAUUGAAUUUUAUUUUGAUUGGACGUUCGGUUACCGAGAUAUCUUUCAAAGAAUGCUAGGGAGUAGUACAACUUAAUUAUUUUAGAUAUUUUUGACAAAGUGUAUCACCAUAAAUUUCUCAGCCGUCUAUCAACCGAUUUGGGUUCUUAAGGCCUCAAACGAAAGCUACUACAUCCUAGUAGAACGCUAUUGAAUUUUUUUUUUUUUUUUUUUUUUUUUGAUUGGACGUUCGGUUACCGAUUGGUUGUGUAACCGAGAUAUCUUUCGGGGAGUACUUUGGAGUAAUACAACUUAACUUUUUAAGAGGUCUUUGACAAAAUGCUUCAUAAUAAAUGAAUCAGCCGUGUGUCAAUCGAUUUGAGUUAUCUCAGUACCAAAUGAAAGCUACAGCAUCCUAGUAGUAUGCUAUUGAAUUUCAUUCCGUUUGGACAUUUUGUUUCCGAGAUAUCUUUCGAGGAGCCCUUAGGAGUAAUAAAAUUUACGCUAUUGAGAGAUUUUUGAUAAAAUGUAUCAUCAUAAAUUUCUCAGCCGUCUAUCACCCCCUCUAAGGGGUGAGAUUGGGUCAAUUUUCAAUAAUUUGUAGUUUAGUAAACAAUUCAUUUAAUGUGAUACUUUCUUGCUAAACUAUCAUUAACACAUAGAAGAGUAUACCCAAGUAACCACUAAGCCCUGUCGUAAGCUGUCUAAAGGUCAUAAAAAAGCUUUUCCGUGUCAAUAGGCUCUAUAGAAAAUUUUCAAAUGUUCUCAGGCAUUAUAAAUAGUAAGCACUGAAAUAAGCCGUAUAUUAGUAUAUGACGCUAUGCUAUAGUGCUUGUAAACCCAGUGUCUAUGAGCCGAAUAAGAAGCCUGACAGUGCUGUUAAAAGGCUUGGCCUGCAUGACGUUUAUAUCAAUCAAAGCUGAUUUCAAGCAAAACAAAAAUAAACCCUCGACUGAUCCGGAGCAAGACGAUCAAAUAUCCUCGGAAAUUUCUUCCGAUCAAUAGGGUGUUUGAAGCUUGUUAUCAGACACUUUAAGCAUUGAAUUGAUACAGAAAAUGUAUAACUACUUUCUCGAUUAUAUUAUUAAUGCAUCGGAUGUUAAUCUGUGGAGUAUCAAUCGUUUUAUCCACAUCCACAGACGAACACCAAAACUAAUCGAUGAGCGAUGAGCCCCAUUUUGAUUAUCCUGUUAUUGAACCUCGUCAACCUCCCAAACUUCCCUAGCUGCAUCUCCUGCAAAUCUCUCUCAGCCAUCCAUAAAACCAUUUUAUACAUUUCGAAUGCGGACACUUUGUGCCCGAUUUCCGAUCGUCCGGAACAUCAACGCUGUACCAACUUGUCUGCUUUUCUUUAAAUACGGUGCUGAGCCAACCGAUCUGUUGGAUCAUCGAUGGAGCAGAUGGGAAAUGUGACGAAAUCCACUUAGAAAUAACAAUCCCGAGGAUAUCAGAUCGAAUCUGGGUCAGGCCGUAAAAAUCGAAAAAAAAAAUAAACUUCAAUGGAAAAAACAUCCAGAACAAAAAAAAGAAGGUGCAAAUAACUUUCUUUUUUUUUGCUUUUUUUCUGACUCUCAUUUGACAACUCUUCCACCAGAGACUUGGUACGCAGAUUGAAGCUGGCCGUAUAUCAGCCGAAUAUUUCGCCAAAAUUGGCUUUUAAGCAGAUCUAUUAUAGGAUGUAGUUCUGGUAAGCUCUGUUAACAUUGCUCUUCAUGUGAAUAUAGAACCAACUUGGUGCCAAUUUUUACGGCUUAGUGGUUACUUGGGUAUAUACCAAAUAAAAAGUUAUUCCGACUUCAAUUUCAUUUGUUAUUUAAUAAAUAAUCUUUGAGUAUCCUUUUUUGACCCAUUCUCACUCCCAACGACGGUAUAUAGAUUUGCUUGCUGUCUUACAUGACCUACAAAUGAUAAUGCAAAUGACUCCAGGUCCAAUUGAAGAUUAUUCAACAAUAUAUAAAUACCACAGUCUUUUCUUGACAUGACUAUCCACCUCUGAAGUGAACGUGUGACCCUUACGCCACGGGCCCCAGCUAUUUUUAUCCUUUUGAUACCAUAAGAAUUUUUUCAAUGCCGCUUGGUUUCGAUCCAUAACCAUACAGAAUUAGACGCAACUCUUAGAUCAAAUUUCAUUGAAAAACAUCGUCAUCAAAACCAGGGAGUAGAAUUCUCAUUGAUUAAAACAUAACCGCCCAAUGCUAAACGUACUGUGCUUGAGCGGGCAAUCACUAGGUAGCAGUAGUGAGCAAACGUCAAACAGAAGCUGAAACGAAGCCAGAACAGCGAGUGAUCAAUCGACCUAUUACCGAAAAUUUGAAUCAACCGUUAAAAAGGUGAUCGAUGGGACGCGAGCGGAGUGUGACGUCUGUUUCUCUGUGCCAUAACCAUGGGUCCCAAUUACUUUGGAUCUAAUUUAUUCAACUGAUAAAGAAUAUUUGACAAAGUUUAUCUCGAUGAUUUUCUUAACCAUGUAUUAAUAGAUUGGCAGUUAACAAGAGAUACAAUAUUCCAGAAUAUGUAUGUCUUCCAUACAAGAUUCUAGGAGAUUCUGGCUGGCAUUUCUGGUAGUUGACCCCAUGGUCGACGAUUCUAUUAUGGAAAGCAAUCAACUUGAUGCCAAAUCUACAAUAUUUUCUAGAAUGACCAAAAAUCACAGUCAUACAUACGAAUAAUACAACAAUAAUUUUAAUAAGUGUAAAAAGGGUUCUGUUCACCAUAGGUGGAUUAAUUCAGGUUUUUUUAAGUGGGGUUACAUUCUAUGCAUCAUGUCCGCUUGUCCCACAGCAAAAAUAACAAUGACUAUACAUACCUCAUACCACAUCUAGGCGGAACAAAAGUCGACAAUACAAGCUCACAACACAGACAAACAGACAUCUCAUGCUACUCACUUCCCAUUGAUCCUCUUAUUAACAGUUAAUUCAAAUAAUCGGUAGUUCGUAAAUCGUACGCUCAUGGCUCUUGCAUAAUGUUUGCUCCUGUUUAUUCACUACCGCCACCUAGUUGUGAGAUUGCGAAACAUUGGCACUGAUUGGCGGUUUGAUUGGCAUUGAGCGAUUAUGUUUUCGUGACCAUUAUUCAAAUCGCAAUUUGUUCGAAGUGAUACGUCUGUUUGUCUGUGCGUUGGUCUGUGGUCACCAUUUCAGUGGCUUUUUUGAGUUAAUCAUUAUAGGGUAUCGCGCCACUUAGGCGGUGGCUUCUAUAUUCGUCUGUUUUCCACUAUAACUCAGUCAAUUUUGAACCAGUUGACUUGAAAUGUUGUACACGGGUAGAUACUAUACCUAUCUCACCGCAUUCCAACAAUUGUGUCAAUUGCUUUAAAUUUGACUGAGUUAUAGCGGAAAACAGACGAAAAUAGAAGCCACCGCCCAAGUGGCACGAUUCUCUAGAAAUUAUGUCGCCGAAUUUCGGGGAACGUAUUUUAGCAAAUGAAACCUUGGAUGAUUACUUGAUAAAAUAAUGCAUAUGCAUAUGUAAGGUUUUCGUUUUUGAAUGUACAAGAAAUCCGUUACUUCAUUAUACCGUCGAUGGGGGUGACAAUGGAUCUGGUGGGUGAAAUUGGGUCAAAACGGAGAAACAUAAAAUUGGAAAUAGCUGAUAAACUAUCGCUAAUUUAUAUUGAUAACAUUAUAUUAUUUCAAAGAGAAGAUGUUUUUACACGUCAUGAUGCAGAAUAAGAUGUUUAUCAUUAAUGGUUUUUUGUUAAAUUUGUGGCUAAACUUAUAUGAUGAAACUGCUAGUAAAACACUCUGAAAAAAAUUCUCCUUCGUAAUGUUUCACACAAGUACCCAACCAUAAAUUAUCUUAAAAGUGGUUAGCUGUAGGUAUUACUUGGAUGAUGCAACGAAAAAAGCGGACUGUCAACACACUUUUUAUUCAAAAAUUCAAUAUUUUCGACCCUAUGUCGAAAUAUUAAGAAUGGGGGUGAGAUUGGGUCAAGCAAGUUAUCGAGUGCACAUCACCUUAACUAAAAUUUCAACUUGUUAUCCAGUCCCCAUUUGACGUUAGAGUGGUGCCAUGUUUACCGUAUCUUCAUAAAAGCACGAUUUUUUCGAAAAUAUGUCGAGGAAGUGUCAAGCGAGUGUGUUCAUACGUUUAGUGCCUAAAAUCAUUUAUUACAAUAAACCCAUGCGUUUGGACAGCUACUCUGAUCAUCAGCUAAUCUUUAGUGCACUGCAAUAUCGUAACCUCACAAAAUAGACUUGGUAGCGUUUUUCUUCUCCACUCAUUUUUUAAAUUUUAAGGAAAUAUCGUGAAAAUACCACUUACCAGACGGUAGUGGCCUUCAGGAAAAACUGGGGCCAUAAAACCGGUAACAUGACAAAAUAUCGGAAGACGAACGAACGACGAAAAAUAUCAUGUUUUUUGUUCAAUAAAUCUUUCAAUGCGCCUCUCCCUCAUUGUAAUCCCCCCUCCUCUCAUGGAGGUUGAAACUUUAAAUCAGGAUGAUUAUGGUGGCCAAAAAUGGCGAUACAACAUACAAACUUUAUUUAAUCAUAUUUCAACCAUUUUUUCGCAUGUAUUAGCCCUUUUAGGUGGAUUAAUCAUCUUUUCAAAUUACCUAUGUUUUUAUUCGUCUUGGUAACAUUGUAUUUUAAGUAGGUAUACUAGAUAUGAUCAUUAAAAUUAACUUGUAUUCAUAAAUAGGCGACUUUGAAUAUUGUCUAUCCGGUUGGAAUCAAGACCGACAUUCAAUCAAAAAUUGCCAUUUUCUUAGUCUACAAGUAUCGCAACUGUUUCGCAUCUAGUGCGCUGUGUUGCUGACAACAACGGGAAGAAUGCGCACUACUUUUGACAUGAUUAAAAAACGUCGCGAGUUGGGUCGCGUCGCGACUUGAUUGUGCGAAGUCCGGUUUGGUGGCGGCCCGACAAUACUUUGACCCAUUCUCACCCCCUCCAAGGGGUGAGAUUGGGUCAAUUUUCAAUCAUUUGUAGUUAGUAGACAAUUCAUAGAAUGUGAUACUUUCUUGCUAAACUAUCAUUACCAUAUAGAAGAGGAUGCUGGGUCAUUAGGCCGAAUGGUCAUCAGGACGAAUUGAAAGUUAGCCGUUGAUUUUACCUUUUCCAACAAUGUUUGCCAAAAACUAGUUUAACAAUGAAACUAGAAAGAAUAGCCUAUGUUUUAAAGAAGGAAAAAUUUAUGAAUUGAAUAUCAACAGCCAAAAACUAUUUUAGCAAUGAUACUAGAAAGAACAGCCUAUAUUUAAAAGAAGGAAACAUUUAUGGGUAAAAUAUCAGUAGAUUCAGCAUAAAUAAAGUAUCUUCGUGCCUGUCACACGAUACACACAUGCAAAAUGGUCAUAUGCAGAGGAAGCUCUCAGUUAAUAACUGUGGAAGUGUAAGCAGGCUUUGUCUCAGUGGGGACGUAACGACAAGAAGAAGACCCAAUUACCAUUCGGCCUAAUGACCAUUCGGCCUAAUGACCUUCGGCCGAAUGGCCUUCGGCCUAAUGACCUUCGACCGAAUGGCCUGACACCAUAGAAGAGUAUACAUACACCCAAAAAAAUUUUGUUGUCGUUUUUACCGAAUCCAUGGUAAAAAUAAGAAUUGUACCAACAAUUUUCAACCGAAUGCAAAAUUCUGUUAAAUGUACUGAAACAUUGUCAAUAAUACCAUGCAUGUUGUACUUUUGACGUAAAAUAUUCUUGAUGCAACUAUUUUGGCAUUGUAUUUUUGACCAUGUUUAUCCAAGACGUGCAACAUUCAAGUCGACAUGGUUAAAAUAACAAUGCCAAAAUAGUAACAACAAGAAUUUUUUAAGUCAAAAAUACAGCAUGCAUGGUAUUAUUGACAAUGUUUCAGUACAUUUAACAGAAUUUUGCAUUCGGUUGAAAAUUGUUGGUACAGUUCUUGUUUUUACCAUGGAUUCGGUAGAAACUACAACAAAAUUUAUUUCAGUGUACCAAAUAAAAAGUUAUUCCGACUUUAACUGCAUUUGUUAUUUAACAAACAAUCUUUGAGUAUCAUUUUUUGACCCAUUCUCACCCCCAAAGACGGUACUUAUUAAAAGUUAAACUACAUAUAGCUACUUACUCUAAUAUAAUCGAUAAAACUACAGUCUAUAGGGUGUCCCAGAAAGUAUGGGCACAACUUUAUAGAGCGAAAAUACAAUAAUUUUCUUAACAAACUACAAUUUUUAUAUUUUUGUAUUUUUAUUCAGAGUAUUUUAGUUGAUUCCUGUAAAGAGUUUAUACAUUGAAAAGGGUUUUUGUACGCAGAAUGUUUGAAAUGAAAAUAGUAGUUUACGCAACAAGGUGCGGAAUGACGAUUUUUACAGCACGAGUCGUACAUUUAUCCAACGAGGCUUGCCGAGUUGGAUAAUUACGACGAGUGCUGGAAAAUUCGAGUUCUGCAUCGAGUUGCGUACAACGUUUUUUGCAGCUUCAUAAAUUAUCACUUGAGGAUAGUUUUUAACAAAACUGUUUCAUCAGACUGCACACUGAUGUUCAUAGCCGUGAUUAAAGAAAUCUGAUCAUAGCAGGUUAUACAGAACAGUUGUCACAAUUUUUUAAACCUUCGUCCAGAAAGCAUCAAUAAGUUGAUCAAAACUGAAAACAGUGCUGUAAUGGUUCAUUACGCAACGCAAAUCAGUGCUGUAAUGAACCAUUACAGCACUGUUAAUUUGGUGUAGGAAAGUAGGCCUUUUCCUGGCAAAUUUGCGUGAGGUAAAAUGGCCUAUUACGAUGAGAAGUUGCAAAAAACAUCUUUCAAAACUUCUGCACAAACUACUUUUUUACGGUUUUGCCAAUUUUUUUCACAUGAUACAUUCGAAAACAUGUUUCCUCAGAUGGUUGAUUGAAAUUUUUUAUAAAAAUAUGUUUUGCCUUUGCGUACGGGUAUUUCAGAAUUUUGAGAAAAACUGAAAAAUUCGACUUUUCUAUUUCUUGUUAAGACAUGCCCACAGAUAUUCGAGUUUUGAAACAUGUUUUGACGAGAAUAAAAAUAAUUCAAUCUACACUUUAUAAAGGUGGAGAAUUUAUUUUACUUAUAGUGAAAUUAAAAUGUAAUUUUCUGCAUGUUGUGAUAUAUAUUCAGAAGCUUGUUUUCAACUAUUAGAAAAACGAGUUUUCAAAAAUAUCGGCUUUGGUGUUUCAAUUCAUUUUUCAGGUUCAAAAGUAUAUGUUUUCAAUUCGAACUAAGGGUUGUAUAAUAGAUACGCAUGUAGAAAUACACGGAUAUAUUUUUUGAAAUUUUUAUCGAGCCUAAUUUUAUGCGUAGAAAACAAUUUGUUAAGCGAUGUUUUUGAAAAAUAUAGCAAUUUGUGCAGAAGCUUUAAAAGGUCUUUUAGGGAAUGUUCUACCGCAUUCAAACGAAAUGUGAAAUGCAAAUUUUAAUAACAGGCAUUUGAUGUUAAUAUAUUAAGGCAGGAUAUGUGUGAAAAUAAAGUUUGUUUAUGCAUCCAUUCCCAAAUGGCAAAGCUGCAAAGUUGUGCCCAUACUUUCUGGGACACCCUAUAUCACAAAACCAUUAAAUAUUUAACCGCUCUGUUGUAUUUGCUCAAAAAUGCACUUGUUGAAUACAGUACCAACGUAAUGCUGUUUCAAGAGAUCGUAUGCACGACGAUAAACCGGUAAAAGCCCGUCCAGCCCGACAUUCUGCAUAAGUAAUAACGCAGCAUAUCAAUCUACUACAAUAACUUUUAUAUUCUGGACGGAAUUUUAAAAGAUAUUUUUUAAGUUUACGUUCGAAAACAAAUUUUUCGUUCUUAGCGCACCUAAGACUUUUUUCAAUUUUAAUCAGCUGUAGUAAAUUCCAAAUCGAACCGAUUUGGCUGAAUUUUUGACCGUGCAUAGUUAUUAGCGUUAAAAAUAAGGGAAAAAUAUAAUUCUUAUACAAAACACUCAAUUUUUAUGUAAAAUCAUAGAAAUUCUAAAGUGUGUCUUUGUUCCUAAUUCUGCGCACCCUUUUUUGGAAUGUUCCUUUUUCAGCGCACUAAUGUGCCUAAUUCUGCGCACAUGAAAAAAAAAACUCCAAAAAGAUAACAUAUUGUAAAGAGAACAUGAUUCACAGAUCAAAUUUAAUUGAAUUCUUCAUUUUCAACUUUCAUAGGACAUUACGACCGUAUUGGAACUUUGCAUGUCCCCAACUUUUAUACUAGCCACUUUGAUUACUAAGGAAAGUACUAUGUAAAGCUUUUUAGUUAUCCGAAUAAUAUGUACACUCAUUAAAUUUUAGGCAAUAUAAACUUUUUCGCCAUGACUAGGUGGUACAACCUGUCUUUGUAAACUGAGACUUUUUUCUUGUCAAACUUCAGGGUUUCCUCUGUUUAAGAAAAUUCCAUGUAAACUCACCUCAUAUGUCACAUUUCACGAAUGCUUGCAUGAAUACAUGUGGGAGGAUCGGGUAGCCCCUCGGCAAAAAAGUUCGUGCAGGCAGUUCUAAUCCGACCGCCAUACUGGUGACCUCGCGUGUGCGCGUUGUAAUGUUAUUUCUCUAAAUAAAGAAACUAUUUCGAUAUUCUCUUAAAUCUAAACCCUUCCAUCUUACAUGGGGGCUCGAUCCGGGAAGGAGAGUUGUUGAGACAGUGUACGCGAUGUGUUAAAAGUGUGAUUUAGUAAUUCAAAAGUGAAACGACGCGAAUCGAACAAUUCAAGAUGGAGGACGACGUUGUACUUUUGUGCGACACGCUGACCAAGCUCGGCAUUCAGCGAGAGUGCGUAAAACGAGGAUUGCCGACGACGGGAAAUAAAAAGGCUAUGGCAAAACGCAUUGUCGAUCACGACAAAACAAUAGCGGAAAACGACGGCGCUCCUGAGGCCAAAGACGCGGCGCAGGAUUGCAACCAGAACGACGGCGAUGCGAAAGUUGAAUACGACGGCGACCGACGCGCCGACGACGACGGCUUGGUCGAUGAAGUUGAUGACGACGACCGCUCGAACGACGAAAACGAUUACUCACACAGAGAUGCUGACGACGAUACGGACGACUCUGCAUUCUUCACGCCGGCUGUGGGUAGAAAAAGAACGACGUCUACGCCGAAGCCAACCCCACUCGCACAACAGGAGCAACGACCAUACUCAUUUCGUGAUGUGGAGGAUAGCAUCGAAGCAUUCGGAGCAGAGGAAGGCCACGAUGUGAAAAUGUGGAUGAACCAGUUUGAGGCCAUGGCGAAAACAGCAUUCUGGAAUGAUGAGCAGAAGUUGAUAAUGUGCCGGAAAAAAUUGAUUGGCACUGCAGGGCGAUUCGUGUUUUCCCAACGCGAUUUGUCAACAUUCUCGAAGCUGAUGACUGCCCUUAUCCGUGAAUUUUCCCCUUUCGUACGGGCAAGCGACGUUCAUCGCACGUUGGCUGGGCGUAAGAAGAAGCCGACGGAAUCGACGCGAGACUAUAUCUACGAAAUGCAACGAAUUGCCCUCGCGAUCAAUCUCGAUGAGCCAAGUGUGUGUGAGUACAUUGUCGAUGGAAUAACGGACGACGCAUUUCACCGCUCCCUCUUGUACGAAGCCAGCACGAUCCGAGAGCUGAAGGCGAAGCUGCUCAACUUCGAAAAGGUACAGCGGAAAGCGGAACGCAAGCCGAGAGUGGACGACGACGCCGGACGAAAGAAAGAGCACCGAAAAUCGGAAUCGACGAAGCAGAGCAGUAAACCCGAAGCGAAGCGUCACUGCUUCAAUUCAACUGCGGGGAGGCGUCGCAUGUGGCGAACGAGUGCCCGCAGAAGAACGACGGACCGAAGUGUUUUGGCUGCAACUCGUUUGGUCACCUGUCGAAAGAUUGCAGCAAGAAGGAGAAAAAGGAGAGUGACAAAAAAGCAGCAUCCAAAGUGAAUGUAUUGCAAGCCGACGGCAAACCGUGUGUGAUGAUGAAGUUGUUCGGGCGCGACUUUUCUGCGAUAAUCGAUACCGGGAGUGAAAUUUCGUUGGUUCGGCAGGAUUUGUGGACGGAUCUGUCGGAAUCCGGUCCGCCGAUGAGAAAAUCAUCGAUGAAGGUGCGCGGCUACGGUGGAAAAGUGAAUACGGUUUGCGGCGAACUAGAUCUCGAAGCCGAAAUCGAAGAAGAAAAAUACGUUGUGCGUUUCUAUGUUGUGCCGGUUGACGCGAUCAAUAUGCAAUUGUUAAUUGGUAUGGAUUUCCUGAACAGUGUCGAUUACGUGAUUACUCCCGAUGGGGCGCGAGUGAAAAAGUUUUCACCAAAAGUUGAAGAGCUGGAACAGAGUGAUGCCAAAUGGAUCCGUCGCGUAGAGGAGUGGUGAAAACGAGAUUUCAGUGCCGUACAAAUACCGCGACGAAGUUCUGGCAAUGAUUGAGAACUAUAGUCCGAGUCAGUCAGUGGUUGCUGCAAAUGAAUUAUCAAUCAAGUUGAAGGACGACGACGCCGUUUGUGAAAAUCCUCGUCGGUUGGCACAGCUGGAAAAAGAAGUGGCGAAGAAGGACGGAUCGUACCGCGUCUGUGUUGACUACCGGGAAAUAAACAAAAAAGUAGUGCGCGAUAAAUUUCCAAUGCCCAACGUUGAAGACCAAAUCGAUCGGUUGUCGGAGGCUCGAGUGUACACGACGCUCGAUCUGAAGAAUUCGUACUUUCACGUACCGGUAGAAGAGAAGAGUCGAAAGUAUACCGCGUUCGUGACAAGUGAUGGACAAUAUGAGUUUCUACGAGCACCGUUUGGAUUGUGUACAAGUGGUAACGCGUUCGGUCGAUUCAUUACUACGGUGUUACUUGAUCAAUGACGAGACGAUUAUGGCAUUCGUGGACGACGUCAUCAUUCCGUCCAAAGAUGAAGAACAAGGACUGAAAGUGUUGAAACGAGUGUUGGAAGUGGCUGAGAAGAAUGGAUUGCAGUUUAAUUGGAAGAAGUGCGCUUUCCUGCAACGUCGAGUAGAACAUCUCGGCUAUACGAUUUACGAUGGCCGUGUGGAGCCGGCACCUGCGAAGGUCGAGAAAUUGUUGCAGUUUCGCAGCCAACAACAGUGAAGCAACUGCAAACGAUUUUACGGAUUGGCCAGCUACUUCAGGAAGUUCGUCCCAGCGUUCGCAAGCCUAACGCGUCCGCUUUCAGGUAUGUUGAAAAAGGGAAGUUCUUUUCAGUUUGAUGAAGAUGCGGUGAGUGCCAGCUUCCCAGUGUUGCGGAUUUUCCACCCUGACGGCGACAUCGAGGUUCAUACCGAUGCCAGCAAGGAGGCGUUGGCAGGUAUCCUGAUGCAGAAAGCGAACGAUGAUGGGAAAUUCCACCCCUGCUAUUACUACAGCCGCCUUACGAAUGGUUCCGAGAAAAACUACCACUCCUACGAGUUGGAAACGUUGGCCGUUGUCGAAUCCGUUAGAAAGUUACGAUGUUAUCUGCUUGGCCGGAAGUUCAAGAUCAUUACCGACUGCAUGACCUUCAAAGAUUCGAUGUCCAAGAAGAAGCUGAACCCUCGGAUUGCAAGGUGGGUCGUGGAUCUCGCCGAAUUCGACUACGAGGUUGAACAUCGCCGUGGAGAGAAGAUGCCUCACGUGGAUGCUCUGUCCAGGGCUAGUGUCAUGGUCGUGUCCGCACCGAUUGUUGCCAAGGCUCGUGCGGCACAGAAGCAGGAUCAGAAAGUGAUGGCGAUUUUGACGGAACUGGAGCAAGGUGAAGGUGUCAGCAGCUAUUCUGUGAGCAACGGUGUCUUGUACGAAGGUGAUGGCGAAUCUACGAAGAGGAUCUACGUUCCGGAGUCUAUGGAGAUGGAAAUCAUUCGGACGGCGCAUGAAAGAGGACAUUUUCGAGUCAGGAAGGUUGAUUGAUUGAUUGAUUUGUCUUUAUUAGAGAGACUUUCAGCCCUUGGCUGGUUCGUCUCUUUGAGUCAGGAAGGUGAAAGAAAGGAUCAACGAGGACUAUUACGUAUCAGGACUAGAAGACAAGAUCAAGCGGUGCAUUGCCACUUGUGUCGCUUGUAUCGUUGGUGAAAAGAAACGAGGAAAGCCUGAGGGAGAGUAACACCCCAUCCCGAAAGGUGAUGUCCCGUUGGACACCUUCCAUGUUGACCAUUUAUUACCAAUGCCAUCAACCAAGAAGUCCUACAACUACAUUUUGACGGUGAUUUAUGCCUUCACCAAGUUUGUAUGGCUGUUCCCUACGAAGUCAACGACCGCGGAAGAAACGGUGAAGAAGCUACGUAUGAUUACCGACACCUUCGGUAACCCGAUAAGGAUUAUCUGUGAUCGUGGCUCCGCAUUUACGUCCGGAUUAUUCACGAGAUUCUGCGAGUACGAAAAACAUUGAGCUUCACAAGAUUGCUACUGGAGUGCCCCGUGGAAAUGGACAAGUAGAGCGUGUUCAUCGAAUCAUCAUUCCGAUGAUAACUAAGAUGCCCGUCGACAAGCCAGAUGAAUGGUUCAAGCAUGUGCUUGACGUUCAAAAAUGCUUGAAUAACAGUUGGCAAAGAGCGAUUGACAUGACACCCUUUCAAUUGCUGACUGGCGUUAAAAUGCGAACAAAAGAAGAUGCCAUUUUACACGAAAUGCUGCGAAAGGAAAUCCAAGAAAGCUUUGAGGAGGAACGAAGUGAGCUACGCAGUGCGGCACAGAAGAACAUUCAGAAGAUGCAAGAGGAAAACCGGAAGUAUUACAAUCUUCGUCGGAAGCCGAUGGUGAAGUACAAAGUUGGAGAUCUGGUGGCGAUACCGAAAUCCCAAUUCGGUGUGGGCCAGAAAGUCAAGUCGAAAUUCUUUGGACCGUACGAGAUCACCGAAGUUCUACCCAACGAUCGUUUUGAAGUAUUGAAGGUCGACGAUGAGGCCCGAGGAAGACGACUACCGCUGGUGACUCCAUCAAGCCAUGGACACUUCCGGGUCGGAAAUAGUGUCAGGAAAGGCCGUGUGGGAGUAUCGGGUAGCCCCUCGGCAAAAAAGUUCGUUCAGGCAGUUCUAAUCCGACCGCCAUACUGGUGACCUCGCGUGUGCGCGUUGUAAUGUUAUUUCUCUAAAUAAAGAAACUAUUUCGAUAUUCUCUCAACUCUAAACCCUUCCAUCUCACAUACAUAAAAUUUCUCCCGAGGUUGAUAGCAAAUGUUUAAAACAAGUGGUCCGGUUGAACUAUCAGAUCAAAAAUGCAAGAUGCGAAAAAUUUGCCUUUAAUGUUUCUAAACUAACUUGUUCUAACGUAAUUACAUUCACCGGAUUGCUAGAAACAGAGAAUAUCCUAGUUAUGACUACGGUGGCAUUUAUAUGAUGUUUGUUUAUUAAUUAUAUGUUCAAAACUUGGUGUUGAAAUGUCUGCGCAGCAUUAGGACCACCAUUUAAUACCGGUUCCUAAUUCUGCGCACCUAUGAAGAACAAGAAGAUUAAGAAAAGAAGAAUAAAACUCAAUUGUUUUUUUGCCGAUUCUGAUUCCUGGAAGAUAGAAGUACAGGAUGUACAUGGAAAAGUAGACAUUAUCUUCAUUGUUUAUGUCGCAAAAUGCUUCAGUUGAUGAGGCAACUUUUUAACAGCUUCGCUAAAGGACACAGAUUUCAGGCAAUUUCCAGUACUUCCAACACAAUUUUGUUUUUUUUUUACAAAAUAAUGGUCGUUAGUUUGUAACAUUUUUCUUCACAAACUAUUUCAUUAGUAUUAAAGCAAUAUUCAAAAAAUAUAUUCGAAGCUAAUAUUGAACUAGCGUCCAUGAUUUUGUAGUAUAUUCGAGAAAGUACGCCGAAUUAGGGACUGCGCAGAAUUAGGGCCGGUCACGGUACUUUAACUUCUGAGUGCAGAGUAUAGUGUGAUAACUCAGAUUAAUCGAAGGAAAAAGGGUAUUAAACGCGAUUAAACUACGAACGAAGAUUUAUUAACGUGUUAUUCGUACGAAGGAAAAACGGAAUGAAUGAAAAUUUUGUUUUUGCUCUGUUGGUAGUACGAGAGACUGCACGGUGGUUAUUCUCCUUCAACACUCCUCCUGAAUUACCACCGAAAGUUCUUAUUUUGAUAGUCCAAUUCGAUCCACAAAUCUUGUCAGCAUUGUAGGCCCUAACGGUUGUAAGAAGCGGCUAGCUCGGAGGCAUACCCUCUCAGGGUCGGCAGAUAUCUGCUCAGGAAGACUCACAGCCCACUGAAUGGAACAAUGGCAGACACAUACUGGAGGACAAAGACGUUUCUCACGCUGUAGUACAAAAACACCUCAACAAUUAUUACAUUUACUUAAACCUAUUUAUUCAACCUACAAGUUACAUAUGUUCAAAAAGGGGGGGGGGAGGAUGAGGAGGGGGGGAUAUUCGUUGCGGCCGUUUAGCAGCUAACAAUGAUGAAAGUCCACAUGCAUGCAUUGAAUGAUGGUUUGGGCAGAGAAAGCUUGGAUUACCUGCCAUUCCGAUUUGACCGGGUAGCCCGUCCUUGUCGUCGCAAGUCCUGAAUUCCGGAACCAGGAUACCGGUAAUAGACCGUGGUCAACAGGGUGCAAAUUGGCUCUCGACGUCCAAUGCGCUCGUGAACGGGGUAGUAACACAUUGGAUUUUGGGUACCAGCAAUAGCGGGGCAAGCCCAUCGGUCCUCACUGUGUACCCUCACCUCAAUAACGACCAUUACUAGCUCACCCGCCACGUGUGACUCGACAAUAUCGUAGGGCUUGUCGGCCACCAGCACGUGGCUCGCCGAUUCCCUGUACCACCUUAACCGCCAAGGGGGGGGGGUUGCGUUUCAGCGACUGAACGACAGGAUUCUAUUGGUGCGUUGUCUCAGCGUCGUCCGAAUCCCUCGACUACAAAACUGGACUCGAAAUUCUCGUAGGCGCACUACACCGUCUUCACAGGGAUUUUCUGGUCCACGCGGGAUUCAUUUCGAGAAACAAUCUCUAAAUGGAUUGCGACGGUCACGAUUGUACGUUGUUCAUCCGAACAGCUUCACCGUCCAAGACUUUCUGUCCGUCCUCCUCCUUCUCGCAAAUCGGUGAUCUUUCUCGUGGCUUCGCUGUCUCUGAAUCUCCCUACUUUCUCUCUCCUCUCUUUCUCAUUUUAUCAAUUUUGAAGACCCAGUAGUGAUUGCUUUUUAUGGAGUAAUUAUUGGUAGGAGGGGGAAAGGAAGGGGGGGGAGAUGCUAAUGAUCAAGUUCUACAGAAAACUGAAAAAUUAUUUCUAAUCAAUAUCUCGGUCUUUCACCGUGGUUACCAUUGUUGCCGAACUGUCGGUAACACGGUUUGGUGAGGGCAUCUGCGAUCAUUUCAGACAAGACUUGGUUGUCUUCAAAAAUGGUGGUAGUCUCCAUUUGAGGUUCAUCGAGAUCCUUGAGCAAUCGUCUCAGCUAGACUGUUUCUUGACACGCUAGGGAAAAGGCAUUGUAUUCUGUUUCUAAAGUUGAGAGAGCUACACUGUCUUGCCUCUUACUGACCUAGCAUAUCGGUCCCCCACCGUAAAAGAACACGCACAGACAAACAGACGUAACACUUCGAACAAUUUACGAUUCAAAUCAUAGUCACGGAAACAUAUUCACCCAAUGCUAAAAGGACUAUGUUUGGCCGACCACCAACUAGGUGGCGGUGGUGAGCAAACGUCAAACUCGAACAAAAACUAUGCGAGCGCCACGGUUGGGCAGUUGGCCAACUAUCAAAUUUUGAAGAAGAUCGUUAAAUCGGUGAACGAUGGGAACUAUCAGAGUGUUACGUCUGUUUGUCUGUGGAACACGUAUCCGGUUGUUGACCGCCUUGAAUACUAGUCUCCGGCCCAGUCAGAGUCGACAUAACCAGUGAGAAGUCAUUCAUUACCAGGGCCAAACCUCAGCUUAAAGUCUUUCGUCGUCUUCAGGUAUUGCACUACUCUUCUAGCUGCCGUCCAGCCCAUUUUAUUUGGCUCGCUAACCUUUCUACCACAGAGAACAGACAUCCAGGCUAGAACAAAUUUCAUUCAGUAAUGUCGUUUUCGUUUUUGCGGCGGUGAUACACCGCUUCGUGCUA